AUGAGUCUGGCAGGCUUGACGAAGAGCGACGACGCCAAAGACGUGACUUUCGUCGUCAAGUACUUCCCCUACCAGCUCAACCCCACGGCGACCGCGGAGGGCGAGAGCAAGUAUGACUGGUACAAGAAAUCGCGCUAUGGCGACUCCGAGGAGAAGAUGAAGAUGUAUAUGACGUUGAUGACCGCAUACGGCGUCUCGGCCGGCAUCAACUUCAAGUUCGGCGGCACCGUGGCCAACACCAUGGAUGCGCACCGCGUGAUCCAGCACUUCCAGGAAGAAAAGGGCCCCGAAGCGGCGGACAAGAUCAUCAAUUCGCUCUACUCGCAGUACUUCGAGCACGAGAAACACCCUUCGUCCGAGGAGACAUUGCUGCAAGCCACGGCCGACGCGGGCAUUCCCGAAUCCGAAGCGCGUCCGUUCAUCCAGGAUAAAAACGAUGGCUUGAUGGAUGUCAAGAAGCAAGCAGGCAACGGGGUGGAUGCCGUGCCAACGAUUUUGUUCGAGGGGAAGCGCAGGGAUAUCACCCUCGUGGGUGCGAAGGAGGUCGAGGAGUACGAGAAGGCGCUGAGGCAGAUCCUCAAGGAGAGCAAGUAG